AUGCAGCUUGAUUGGCCCUCAGUUCGAAUGGUGUCCAAACGUGUCACUGGUCUAUCUGCUGUUUUAACUAAACACUCAGAAGUGUUUAAGGACGAGUUGGGCACCAUGAAAGGUAUUAUAGUUAAACUGGAUGUCAAACCUGACAGUAAGCCUAGGUUUCUAAAGGCUCGUCCUGUGCCUUACGCAAUUAAGCCAAAGGUAGAGGCUGCACUGGAGGCUUUGGUAAAAAGUGAUGUUCUGGAGCCCUUAAGUAUUAGUGAGUGGGCCACUCCCAUUGUACCUGUUCAAAAAAAAGAUGGAUCGGUCAGAAUUUGCGGUGAUUUCAAGGUCACGUUAAAUCCAGUUCUGUCAGUUGAGCAGUAUCCGCUGCCACACAUUGAUGACCUUUUUGCUGGCUUGGCCGGAGGCCAGCGUUUCAGUAAAAUUGACCUUUCCCAGGCCUAUCUACAAAUGCAGGUAGAUGAGAGCAGUAGAGAGCUACUCACAAUUGUGACACACAAAGGAUUGUUCAGGUAUAAGCGUUUGCCUUUUGGGGUCACAUCGGCACCAUCGCUGUUCCAGAGAGCAAUGGACCAAAUCCUGAGUGGACUGUCUGGUGUCCAGUGUUACUUAGACGAUAUCCUGCUAACUGGCAAAUCAGAGGAAGAACACUUAAACAAUCUUGAUGCAACAUUAAAGCGUCUUAAGGACUAUGGGCUGAGAGUCCGUGAAGACAAAUGUGAAUUCUUCAAACAGUCUGUUGAAUAUCUGGGACACGUUAUUGAUUCCAUGGGCCUUCACAAACCACCUUCUAAGGUAAAGGCCAUUGUAAAUGCUCCUCCCCCACAAAAUGUCAGUCAGCUUCGUUCAUUCUUGGGGCUCCUAAAUUACUAUGGUAAAUUUAUUAAGGGCCUGGCUACAGUCUUGACACCAUUACACCAGCUGCUGUGCCAAAACAAGCAGUGGAGAUGGACAAAACAAUGCAAUGAUGCAUUUGAAAGAGCCAAAGAAGCAUUGCUAGAGUCUGAUGUACUGACUCACUUUGACCCAAAGUUGCAAAUCCAGCUUGCUUGUGAUGCUUCACCUUACGGUGUGGGAGCUGUCAUUUCCCACAUCAUGCCGUCAGGUGAGGAAAGACCAAUCGCGUUUGCUUCGUGCACCUUGAACAAGGCAGAAAGCGGGUAUGCCCAGAUUGAACGAGAGGCAUUGGGAAUUGUAUUCGGUGUCCGAAAGUUCCACCAGUACUUGUUUGGGAGAAGAUUCACAUUGCUGACUGAUCAUAGACCACUGACCACAAUUUUCGGACCUCACACAGGUAUACCUUCCCUGGCUGCUAGCCGAAUGCAGAGAUGGGCACUGCUGUUAUCAGCCCACACAUAUGAUAUCAAGUAUCGCAAAUCCGAACUGCACUGCAAUGCUGAUGGACUUUCAAGAUUGCCUCUGCCAGUGACCCGCCCUGAGAGCAGUCAGCAGGACAUUUUUUAUUUCAGGCAGGUAGAGGAGGCCCCAGUGACUGCCGCACAAGUGCGGAAAGGUACACGAAUCGACCCAGUUAUGUCUGAAGUAAUGGAAAUAAUCACCAGUGAUUGUGCUGUAAAGAACGUGCCACAUUUACAACCUUAUCUGUCAAGGUGUCAUGAACUCUCAGUUCAGGCAGGGUGCCUUCUCUGGGGCAGAAGGGUAAUUAUUCCGACAGCGUUGAGGAAGGUGGUGUUACAGCAGCUACACGGUCACUGUUGUAUGGUGCGGAUGAAGGAGAUAGCAAGGAGCUAUGUCUGGUGGCCUGGUCUGGAUAGGGACAUCGAGGAGAAAACAAAGUCAUGCUCCUCAUGCCAGAGAAUCAGAAAUGUACCACAGCUUUCACCCUUACAUCCCUGGGAUUGGCCAGAGAACCCCUGGCAACGCAUUCAUGUAGAUUUUGCUGGUCCGUUGGAGGACAAGAUGUUUUUAGUUGUGGUGGACGCACACAGUAAAUGGCCUGAAAUUGCCAUCAUGCAUUCAACCACGACAGCAAAGACCAUAGAGAAGCUUGGAGAGAUGUUUAGCCGUUUUGGCUACCCUGAGCAACUUGUUAGUGACAAUGGGCCACAGUUCGUGUCACAAGAUUUUGCUUCCUUUUUGCAAGCUAAUGGGGUGCAACACAUCAAAUCAGCUCCAUAUCAUCCUGCAACAAACGGCCUUGCUGAAAGAAUGGUACAAACUAUGAAGCAUGCAUUAAAGGCGUCUCAAGGACAGGCAACACUACACCAGCGUCUGAACAGUUUUUUGCUGUCAUAUCGAAGCACCACCCAUGCUACAACCAAAGUUUCCCCGGCCACCCUGAUGCUGAAACGUUCAUUACGCACCAAAUUUGACCUGUUGAGACCCCUCAAUAAUAUAACCAGAAAACCAGAAAUUGAAAAACGGUGUGAUGGAGCAUACGACACCAGAUCCCAGCUCUGUCUCUAUGAAGAGGAAACGGUCAAUAGAUCUUCCAACUUACUGUAA